AUGGAGAGUGAAGCCAAAGGCGCUAUCCGAAUGAAACACGAAGAGUCUCUUCCCUUCCUCUCUCAGCUUUUGAUCGUGUCGUGGCUUCCCUAAGUUCAAAGGUGAGUGCCCAAAAGCCAAAGCCCCAAAUCGAAGUGGGCACUGAGGGCUCAAACCUCAAUCUCAAUUCCUCAAGAGCAUGGAGGGGAAGAGAAUUAUAACAAUUUGUCAGUCAGGGGGUGAAUUUUCUUCUGAGAAAGAUGGUACAUUGUCAUAUAAAGGCGGUGACGCUCAUGCUAUUGACAUUGAUGAAAGGGUGAAGUUUAAUGAGUUCAAAAUGGAGGUGUCGGAGAUGUUUGGUUGCAGCAGCAAUAAUAUGUCCAUCAAGUACUUCCUCCCUGGAAACAAGAAGACCCUGAUCACUGUUUCAAAUGACAAGGAUCUCAUGCGCAUGAUCAAAUUCCAUGAUGACUUUGCAACAGUCGAUAUUUAUGUCAUGGAAGAAACAAUUGCACCUGAGGUCUCAAACAUGCCUGCCAGUAGGUCAAGCAGAACAACUUUGUCGGAAACUGUGGUUCCAGUUGAUGUAUCUCUGGAUGUUUCAGAGUUUGUUGGUGAUACCCCCCAGCCAGAUAUCCCACUAGAUGCCUCUCUUGAUGUUAUAGAUGAUACCAGCCAUAUUGAUACACAAAUUGAUCUACCCACUGAGAUGUCACCCCUUUUCCCUUUUGUUGGCUCCAUUGACGAGAAACAUGCUAAGGGUGCACAGCAGUGGCAAAAUUCCAUCACGGGCGUGGGUCAAAGAUUCAAUAGUGUUCAUGAAUUUCGUGAAUCAUUGCGUAAAUAUGCCAUUGCACAUCAGUUUGCCUUUAGGUAUAAGAAGAAUGAUAGUCAUCGUGUGACUGUUAAGUGCAAGGCUGAAGGCUGCCCUUGGAGAAUUCAUGCAUCAAGGUUAUCUACAACUCAGUUAAUAUGUAUUAAGAAGAUGAAUCCAACACAUACAUGUGAUGGGGCUGUUGCUACAACGGGGCAUCAGGCAACAAGGAGUUGGGUGGCUAGUAUCAUUAAGGAAAAGUUAAAAUACUUGCCUAAUUACAAGCCCAAGGAUAUCGUCAAUGACAUCAAGCAAGAAUAUGGAAUCCAGCUGAACUACUUUCAAGCCUGGCGUGGUAAAGAAAUAGCAAAGGAGCAGCUUCAGGGUUCAUACAAAGAUGCAUAUAAUCAGUUACCCCUUUUCUGUGAGAAGAUAAUGGAGACUAAUCCUGGUAGUUUUGCUUUAUUUACCACCAAAGAAGACUCCAGUUUCCAUAGGCUCUUUGUCUCAUUCCAUGCCUCAUUGUCUGGAUUCCAGCAAGGUUGCAGGCCUCUCCUUUUUCUUGACAGCAUUCCUUUAAAGUCAAAAUAUCAAGGCACAUUGUUGGCUGCAACUGCUGCAGAUGGGGAUGAUGGGGUUUUCCCUGUUGCUUUCGCUGUUGUGGAUGCAGAAAGUGAUGAUAACUGGAAUUGGUUUUUACUACAGCUGAAGUCCUCAUUUUCAACUUCUUGUCCAAUAACUUUUGUGGCAGACAGACAGAAGGGGUUGAGGGAAUCAAUUGCUGAAAUAUUCAAAGACUCAUACCAUGGCUUUUGCCUGCGAUACUUGACUGAGCAACUUAUCAGAGACUUGAAAGGGCAAUUCUCACACGAGGUUAAGCGACUCAUGGUUGAGGAUUUCUAUGCUGCGGCUUAUGCACCUACUCCUGAUAACUUCCAAAGGUGUCUUGAGAGCAUCAAGAGUAUCUCAUUAGAAGCUUACAAUUGGAUAGUACAAAGUGAGCCUUACAACUGGGCGAAUGCAUAUUUUAAGGGUGCCAGAUAUAAUCAUAUGACAUCUAAUUUUGGAGAGCUGUUUUACAGUUGGGCAUCAGAUGCACAUGAGCUACCAAUAACUCAGAUGGUUGAUGUGAUUAGGGGUAAGAUUAUGGACUUGAUCUACAAAAGAAGAGCAGAUUCUGAUCAAUGGUUGACAAGGCUAACUCCAUCCAUGGAGGAAAAGCUAGAAAAGGAAACCGUUAAAGUCCAAAACCUCCAAGUGCUACUCUCAGCUGGUAGCACAUUUGAGGUUCGUGGUGACUCUAUCGAAGUUGUUGAUGUAGAUUGCUGGAACUGUAGUUGUAAAGGGUGGCAGUUAACUGGUUUACCAUGCUGUCAUGCAAUUGCUGUCAUUGGUUGUACGGGUCGGAACCCAUAUGAUUAUUGUUCACGAUUCUUUACAACUGACAACUACAGAUUGACAUACUCAGAGUCAAUACAUCCCAUUCCACAAGUAGACAUUCCUGUGACAAAAACUACUUCUCAGGUAGCAGUAACAGUAAGCCCUCCUCCAACCCGCCGCCCACCAGGACGGCCAACUACCAAGAAAUAUGGACCACAGGAAAUGAAUAAGCGUCAGCUCCAGUGUAGCAGAUGCAAGGGUCUUGGGCACAACAAGUCCACUUGCAAAGAAAUACUACUAGAGUAUUAACCGUUGGGAUUGUAUCAGAGAACAAGAGGCACCCCAUUCUGAACCAGCGUCAAGUGGAACUGCAGGGAGCUGGUUACUCAGUUUUAAUAAGAAGUCAAGGAAUGUAUGUAAUACUUGUACUUUUGUAAUUAUCAGUUCUUUUGAGUAGCUUUGCUAAACUGGGUUUCCAACAAAGUUGAAAAGCAGUAGCGCGUCUGGUAAAUUAUCAGUGUUAGUUGAGGUAGUAUGUUAUAGUUUAGCUUAAGGUUAUGAAAGUUGGAACUGUGGAUGCGAAACAUCUGGUACAUGUAGUCUUACUGUCAUAGUAUUGUGAAUGCCGCUUCUGCAGCUGAGAUAUAUUAAUCUUAGCUUGCAAAUUAUAGGGUGUACCAUAUCUUCUUUAAGACUUUAUAUGAACUUUGAAUACAGUGUGAGUGAAUU